AUGGGCAAACGAGCCGCUUCUCCCGCCUAUAUCCUGGGCGUGGGCAUGACGAAAUUCAUUAAGCCCCGCGGAAAGGUGGACUACACUGAGCUUGGUUUCGAAGCCGGCGUCAAGGCAAUGCUGGAUGCCCACAUCACAUACGAUGAGGUCGAUCAGGGAGUCGCUUGCUACUGCUACGGCGACAGCACAUGCGGUCAGCGUGUUUUCUAUCAAUUCGGCUUGACAAAGAUCCCAAUCUACAAUGUGAACAACAAUUGCUCCACGGGUUCCACAGGUCUCGCGAUGGCUAGGACAAUGGUCUCUCACGGUGCUGCUGACUGCGUUCUUGUGGUUGGAUUCGAGAAAAUGAACCCUGGGAGCUUGCAGUCGCAUUUCCAGGAUCGUGCAAACCCUACUGGCCAAUUCGGUGCCAUGAUGGCUGCCACAAGAGGUGUUACCAAUGCGCCAGGGGCCGCCCAGAUGUUUGGUAAUGCUGGACGAGAGUAUAUGGAAAAGUAUGGCGCUAAGCCUGAGGACUUUGCCGAGAUUGGCCGCAUCAACCACGAGCACUCAAAGCGCAACCCCUACUCUCAAUUCACCGAUGAAUAUACUCUUGAACAGGUCAUGAAGGCCCCGAUGAUCCACCAUCCCUUGACCAAACUCCAAUGUUGCCCUACCUCUGAUGGCGGUGCUGCUGCCGUCGUCGUCUCCCAAGCUUUCCUUGAUGCUCGUCCACAUCUUAAGGACCAAGCCAUCCUGAUUGCCGGUCAGUGCCUUGCUACCGAUGCACCUUCAGUUUACAACCGAAGCUCCAUUAGCCUCAUGGGUUUCGAUAUGGGCCGACAUGCUUGCCGGACCGCCUGCGAAGAGGCGAACGUCAAUGUUAAGGAUAUCAAAGUCUGCGAACUGCAUGACUGUUUUUCUGCCAACGAGAUGAUCACCAUUGAUGCCCUAGAACUAUCCGAUCCCGGAAAGGCUCAUGAGAUGGUUCGCCGCGGAGACAUCACAUACGGUGGCAAGAUGGUCAUCAAUCCCUCUGGCGGACUCAUCUCCAAGGGCCACCCGUUAGGAGCUACUGGUAUUGCUCAAUGUGCGGAGCUUACCUGGCACCUCCGUGGAUGGGCCAAUAACCGCAUGGUAAAGGGUACCGAUUCCGCUCUCCAGCAUAACCUUGGACUAGGUGGAGCUGUUGUUGUUACUGUCUAUAAGCGCGCGGAUGGCAAGGUUGCCGAAGCAGUUUCGAACGAAGAAGUCGGAAGGAAGAAUGGCCUUGGAUAUAACCCUGCAGUGGAAGCUAAGGGUUUCACAGUGGAACAAAUGAACAGAGUCCUUAGUAAGGAGCAUAGAAAUGAUUGGGCUAUGGCGGACACAUCGGAGAAGGUUUUGGCUCGCUUCUAAGACCCUUUAAUCACCUUUGCAACUGUGUACUACAUGUGUACAUCCAUGGAGUAACGAUAUGUGUUGUGCCUCUGUAAUUACCUGGAUGCUUUGAUG